AUGAAUGAAAAUAAACAAAAAACUACAAAUACAAUAGAAACAAAAGAAAUAAAUCCAAUAGUACCUCCUCCUCCACCACCAAUUACAGCAGAAACAACAGCACCAGCAAAAAUACAACCACCUCCAACAUCAACUACAAAAGCAAAUACAACAACAACAACAACAACAACAACAACAACAAAAGAAGCAGCAUCAUCAUUAUCAAUUUUAGCACCAUUAAAUUUAAAUGAAAUAGAUGAAAAUAAAAUAAAAUUUAAUAAAGAUGGUGAUAAAACAUAUUUUUCAGAGAAAGAUAAUACUCAUUAUAUUUAUAAUACACAUAGUAAACAAUGGUUAGCAGAGAUAACUAAAGAUAUGAUGAAUUCACAACAAUCGGUAUACCAGAAAAAGGUAGAGAAAAGAGAUUUAACACAAGAACAAAUUGAUAAUAUCUCUGAUUUACAUAUUUCUGGUAUACCUAUGGAUGGUUCAAUAAGAGAGUUACAAAUAUCAAAUUAUCUAAAGAAAUGUGGUUACAUUAAAAAGAAUGAAUAUGGUAGACCAAUCAUUAGUCUUUUAGUUGAUAAUGAAAAUCAAUUCACUGGUUGUGCUUUAGUUUCAUUUGAACGUAAAGAAUCUGUUCCAAUUGCAAUUUUACAAUAUGAUGAAACUGAAAUCUCUCCAAAUAAUAUAAUUAGAAUAAGAAAAGCAACACUUGAAGAAUCAAAACUACAUUUAGUAAAUGAAAAAAGUAAUAAAAAACAAAAGAAAUCACAUAAAGAUAGAAGGAGUGAAUAUGAGAAUGAAGCAAAAUAUGGUUGGGCAGAUUCAGAGAGUAAAACAGUGAUUAUAAAGAAUUUAUUCUCACCAGAGGAAGCAAUGGUGGAUCCAAACUUUUUUAAUGAUCUUCAAGCAGAUUUAGAGGAUGAAACCCAUGGUUGUGGAAAAUGUGGUCCAAUCUCUUCGAUUCACAUCUUUGAGUAUAAUCCAGAUGGUGUUGUAUCUGUAAAAUUUUCUGAAUUUGAAUCUGCUAAGAAAUGUGUAGCCUUAAUGAAUGAUCGAUUCUUUGGUGGAAGGAAAUUAUCUGCUGAUUUCUAUGAUGGUUAUUCAAAUUAUUAUGUUGAAGAAACUGAUGAAAAUAAAGAAAAACGUCUCAAGAAAUGGGAAUCUUAUAUAAAUAAAUAA